AGUAUCGGCGGCGUCAGGCGCGCCGCCCGCCGCGGCGACGGGCGGAGUCGUCGGCGGUACGUCGGCGUCCUCGUACACGUCCAGGAGGUCGCCGGCCGCCGCCGGGACGGGCGAGGUCGUCUCCUCCGCCGCACCGUCGACGAUAAGUACGCGGCCGCUCUGUUCGAGCAAUGCGACGACGUCGGGCCGCUCCAGCGCGCCGUCGAUCACGACGCCCGCCCGCUUCGCGAGGCGCGCCACCGCGCCGAGCGACAUCGCGUCGAGCUCGGAACGCGACACCUCGACGGUCGUCUCGGCGACGACGUCGACGCGCGACGACGUGAGGACGCGUCGAAUCAGGUCGUCGCGCUCGACGCAGCCACGCGCGGACUCGCCCGCCGCCUUCAGCACGUCCAGCAGCGCGCGGAUGUUCAUCGCGUCGAGCUCGCGCUUCCUCACGCGCACGCGCCGCCCGCCCUCGCGAUUGUGCUCGCGCCGCGUCCGCUCGUAGACCACAGAGUCGGUCGGCAGCUCGUAACGGCACACCGGGCAGACGCAGUGCCUGCUCAGCCACUCCACGACGCAGUCCUUGUGGAACAGGUGGCCGCAGGGGAGGCGCGCCGCGAGCUCGCCCGGCACGUGGUCCUCGAGGCAGAUCGUGCAGCACUCGUUGUCCUUCGUCAAGUCGUCGGCGGCGACGCGGACGAUGGGGAUCCGUUUCAGCGCGCUCGUCGACGCCGGCGGCGGGCCCUGCUGCGCCGCCGCCGCCGCCGCCGUGGCCUGCGCCAUCUGCUGCGCCGCCUGGUCCAGGGCCUGCUGGAGCCGCACGUAGCUCGCGCCGCGGUCCGUCAUCUGCACGCUGCGCGGCGCGCCCGCCGGGCCCCUCUGCGAUUGGUCGCGGCGCCGGUCGGCGCAGCCGCAGCAUCGCGCGAGCCAGGACAGCAUUUUUCUGGCUCUCUGGUACUGCUCUCAGGUGCUCCUGAGCUCACUCUCCGGCUCUGGCUCUGGCUGGCUUCCUGGUCUUUACUGCUUGUAAGCCGGUAUACGCUGUAAGCGCUCUGAUUAUCGCAAGCCCACGUUAGUGGCAAUCUUCAGCUGUGCUCUCCCGGUGGGGAUCCACCGCUGAAGGCCGGGGGACGGCCGUGAAAAUGCUGCACUGCGA